UGUUUGUCCUACGUAAAGUUUGAAUCAAAUUUAUUUAUUUGUUUUAAAGUUAAUGUUAAUAAAGUUAAUAGGAAUUGUUGUAUGUGCAUAAAUUUUUAUAAUUUAACGUGAAAAAGUGUCCGUUGAGGCGCAAAAUGUACGAAAGCUCGUGUUCGUAUCAGGGCGCCCUGGAACUUAAACGCAGUACGACCACCACCUGUCCACUGGGCAUCAAAACCGAAGAGUUCGGCUCAGCCGCCGACUGGCCUGCCUACAGGUUCUGCAACCCCAGCACCUUUGAACAGCUGAAGCAGAGCGUGGAAAAGGCCAAAGCUGCUUUACAGGACCGUAGUGGUUUUUUUGGUAACGGUAGUGCUUUUAGUGACUUGUAUAAUGUUUCAACGACGGGACGUUCACAAGAAAACUCAGUUCAAGACAGUAGUAGGCUACGUGACAAUACAGAAGCAGACAUUAAGAGAACAGAUACAUCUUAUAAAGGAUCGUGGAGUUCUCAUGCAUCAUCACAAUCACAGGGUUAUGGAUCAAAUUCAUUAUCUGGAAUGACGAAGUCGUCGUUAGAUCCUCAUGGACACCUUAGACAACCCGAUCCAUAUCAAAUGUUUGGACCAACCAGUAGUCGUUUAGCGAGUUCAGGUUCAGGACAAAUACAACUGUGGCAGUUCCUGCUGGAGUUGCUGAGCGACUCGUCGAACGCGGCCUGCAUCACAUGGGAAGGCACGAACGGCGAAUUUAAACUCACAGAUCCGGAUGAAGUUGCCAGGAGGUGGGGCGAACGAAAAUCCAAACCGAAUAUGAAUUAUGACAAACUGUCCCGGGCGUUACGGUAUUACUACGACAAGAACAUAAUGACAAAAGUGCAUGGAAAGAGGUACGCGUACAAGUUCGAUUUUCAAGGAUUGGCGGCUGCCACGCAGCCAGCAACCAGCGAUCCCAGCAGCUACAAGUACCAGAGCGAGCUGUUCAUGAGUUCCUAUCACCACAGUGCUAAGCUCGGCAGCUUUAUGAGCCCGCACGCCACAAUUCCCAGUUCGGCUGCGUCAAUAUUCCCAUCACCUGGAUCAUAUUGGAGCAAUCCAAGUGCGAAUCUGUACUCGAACAUUGCGGCGAGUACACAUUCCAUAAGUCAUCACGCCGGACCUCAUCUAGGAGCUCCACCUCUGGGGUCAUAUCCUCAUUAUGCAUGACCUGUUUCCAAUUCAUCCGCCGGCUCAGACUGGACGAGGAAAUUGACAAUGUAAUACCAAAAUUGUCUAAUAAUAAAAAUUGAUAACGCAGACGUGAUUCAAUUGCUAAAUAUCCACUGAACAUUUGAUCAUGUUUAAAGUUUGUAAUUUAUGAAGUCAUUUAUAAAGCUUAAAUAACUUUCAAAAUUAUUUUUAAUCAUGUCAUUUUGUUUCAACAUAAAGCUUUAGCAAUUGACCAUCUGGGUUUGUCAAUUUAUAAUACUCAGAGUGUCUAUAUCACAAAUUGUAGUAUAUAAUCAAACUAUGUGAAAGGAUCAGUAUUUAGAAUACAAUUUAAAUUAGUAACAUUUUUUGUCACUAUAUGUAGAUGUUACUUUGUAGAAGACUGUCGGAUUUUUACAAUUUUUACACAAAAAGGAUUAUAUGAGAUAUGUAAAAAAAUUACAUAGACCUUGAAAACUUUCGGGGCUUAAUAUAUAUUUUAAUUUUAACCUCAUUCAAUAACUUUAAAUUGAAAUUGCCAAUUUUGAUGAUCUAAAAUCCACAAAAUGUAUAAGAAUUCUUCAUAUAUUAAGGUUAUUUUAUUACUUUAAAAUUAACUCUACAGUAGAUAUUUGAUGAAAAGUUGGCCCUGAUAUUUUUCUUUGAAAAGUUCUAUGCGUAACUGUUCAAAAUCUUCAGAUUACAUUUAACUUAAAUGUUGUCUAAAAGUUUCGGUCGUUAGUACCUAAUUGUAAAUCAAUAUGUUUCCAAAUGAGAACUUCCCUGUAAAUAUAUAUACAAAGAAGCAAUCAAUUUCAAUAAGUUUCUAGUCAUGUCCAAAGAUAUUUUGUUGUUGUUAUAUUAUAAGUUAUUGAAGAGAGUAGAUGGUGAAACCAGUGCAAUGUUUCAGUGUACAUAUACAAAUAUAAUAUUAAUGAAUUUGAAACGUGUAAAGAUAGACACAACACCGUUCGUACGGCGACUGUGAUAAAAUUUUUGUUUUCUUUGAUGUUACCAAAAAACAACUGUUAGGAAAAAUUCAAUAUUAUGUUACUUCAGCAAUUUGUUUUCAAUUUUUUCAAUUUGUGUACAGUCACUGUCGUGUAGCAUAGAUCUAACAGCACACAAAUCAAAUUCAAUGAUAAUUAUGUUUGAUGGUAACUGUACUCAAAUUUGUUUUGAAAUAAAUUGUAAUAUAAGUUUCGUUGUAAUGAUUUUUUUCUAUGUGUAACUCAUGUGUUUGUUUCGUUCCUUUGUUUAGUCAAAUAUUUAUUUUUAAUUUAUAAAAUAUUGUAUAAUCAGUAUCCAUAUACUAAUGUAUAUAGACGUGUAUAUUGUAACAGAGGGUAUUUGUUGUACUGCUUGAUAGAUAAUAGAGUAGGGAUAUAAACUGUUCACAAAAAAUAUCAUAGAUAUAUUAAGACUAGUCAUACUAUUAAAUGUCAGAGCCAUUUUGUUUAUGACCACAGAAUGGUUGUCAUAAUAUUAGGAUGUAUAAAUGUUAUGUAUUUAUUAUACAAAAUAUAGUAUAAAACACCAA